UCAUGUCAUAUAUUUUUUCCAUUGCUAAUGGUUGAGUUCUCCUCCCAAGUUCAAGCUAGAGGAUUGGUCUCUAUGUUACACAACGGUGCAAGACUUAAAUGUGCAAUUUCAUUUCCUCCAUUGAAAGCCAGCAAGUAAUUCAGGUCGCAGGUAAAGCCUCUUGAAAUUGCAACCUGACUGAUCCUGGGAAUGGCUAACAACACAAUCACUAUAACUAGGGAGGAGUUAGAAGAACUCAGAGAAGCGUUUCAGAAAGUUGAUAUCGACAACAGUGGAUUUGUUAAUGACUAUGAGCUUCAACAGUUGUUCAAAGAAGCCAACCUCCCACUGCCAGGUUACCGGGUAAGAGAGAUUAUAGAGAAGAUAUUCACAGCAGCUGACCGCAACAAGGAUGGGAAAAUUGACUUUGAGGAGUUUGUAGGUUUAGCACAGGAACUGAAAAGUAAAGAAGUGAGCCGAACAUUCCGAAGAUCAAUUACCAGGAAGCAAGGGAUAACAGCCCUAGGAGGAACCUCUUCCAUUUCCAGCCAGGGAACACAGCAUUCAUAUUCAGAUGAAGAGAAAGUGGCUUUUGUAAACUGGCUAAAUAAAGUGCUAAAAGAUGAUCCAGACUGUCAACAUCUUCUGCCCAUGAAUCCCUCCAACAACAGCCUGUUUACAUCUCUCAGGGAUGGCAUUUUACUGUGUAAAAUGAUCAACUUGUCUCAGCCAGACACCAUUGAUGAGAGAGCCAUUAACAAGACUAAACUUACACCAUUCACAAUCUCAGAAAACAUUAAUUUGGCCCUGAAUUCCGCUUCUGCCAUUGGCUGUACAGUAGUAAAUAUAGGCGCACACGAUUUACAAGAAGGAAAGCCACACUUAGUUCUUGGACUUCUCUGGCAGAUCAUUAAGGCUGGUUUGUUUGCUGACAUUGAAAUCUCCAAAAAUGAAGCUCUCAUUGCAUUACUAAAAGACGGGGAGACACUGGAAGAUUUGAUGAAAUUGUCCCCUGAAGAGCUCCUGCUACGCUGGGUGAACUACCACCUGACCAAUGCUCAGUGGUCAAAUAUAAACAAUUUCAGCAGUGACAUUAAGGAUUCCAAAGCAUACUUCCAUUUGCUAAGAGAGAUUGCCCCCAAGAAUGAGGUUGACAUAGACUUUGCCGGAUUUAAUGAACCUAAUGAUAUAAAGCGAGCCAAUUACAUGUUGAACCAAGCAGACAAACUGGGCUGCCGGCAGUUUGUGACACCAUCAGAUGUGGCUUCAGGAAACCCUAAAUUGAACUUAGCUUUUGUAGCAAAUCUGUUCAACAUGUACCCAGCUUUGCACAGCACCAAUGGGUAUGACUUUAAUGCAAUAGAAGGAGAGACUAAUGAGGAGAGAACUUUCCGGAAUUGGAUGAAUUCUCUUGGUGUAAACCCUUAUGUUAACCAUUUAUAUAGUGACCUUACUGAUGCUGUAAUCAUCUUCCAAUUAUACGACCGAUCCCGGGUGACAGUUAGCUGGGAUCGUGUUAACAAACCUCCAUAUCCACCUCUUGGAGCCCACAUGAGAAAGCUAGAGAAUUGUAAUUAUGCCGUUGAGUUGGGAAGGAACAAAGCUAGAUUCUCCCUAGUGGGUAUAUGUGGCCAUAAUCUUUAUGAAGGCAAUCAUACCCUCACUCUGGCCUUAGUGUGGCAGCUAAUGAGGAGGUAUACACUAAAUGUGUUAUGUGACCUUGGAGAAGGUGAAAAGAUUGAUGACAGAACUAUUAUAAACUGGGUGAAUGAAACUCUGAAAGGUGCUAACAAGAACACCUUCAUCACCAGCUUCAGGGAUAAGUCCAUUAGUACCAGCCUGCCUGUACUUGAUUUAAUUGAUGCCAUUGCACCUAAGGCUGUCAAUGCAGAGAUGGUAAAAAGGGAUAAUCUUUCCGAUGGGGACAAAAUGAAGAAUGCAAAGUAUGCUAUUUCCAUUGCCAGAAAAAUAGGAGCCCGGAUAUAUGCUCUGCCUGAUGACCUAGUAGAGGUGAAACCAAAGAUGGUGAUGACAGUAUUUGCUUGUCUGAUGGGCAAGGGACUGAACAAGUUAAAAUAAUGGAUACAGUCUACUCCAUGUAUUGCCAUUUAAUAGGCUGAGUGUCUUAUGAGGAACAGAACUGACCUGUGUAUGAUUGGUAAAGAUAUGGUACAGGAAAAUGUGUAUGCAAUUAUGGAAAAAGACGAAAUUAUUUCAUCCGAAAACAUAUGUAAUAUAGAAUAAUGUUUAAUAAUCUAUGCUUAUUUUACCAUGAUUGGUCAUAACCUGAAUCCUGAUACCCCUACUUUUUGUACAUGGAAAUGAUGCAGGCACAGGCCAUUGUCACAUGACUUUAUAACAACCUAUCAAGGCGGAAUGACUCUGUACUCUAUAAUUUGCUUUUAUAAAUUGCAGAAUGGAAAAGCCUCAACUAUAUUGACUAUGUUAGCAAAAGCUGUUGAAGUGUCAAGCCUGUUGAAUAAAUGUGCUGCAGGAAUAAUGCAAGUUAGAAAUGUUCAGCUAUACUGCAAUAAACUGAUGCUGGCAUGGUAAAACCUUUCCUUCCUGGUGAGGUUGAACAAAGCCAGCCUCUGGAAACAUG